AUGUCUGAGAGCAUCGGUGCAGUACUGGCCAUCGGCUCGGCCCUGGCCCCCCUCCUGGACCCGACGGGCAUAUCGCUGGCCAUAUUCACGAUCGUCUCACUCGUCCUGGGCAUCGCAGAGCACCCCGCACAGCCCGACAGCCACCGCCAGACGGCGUUCCGCAUCCACAUGGGCCUGGACUCGAUUUCGGGCCAGAACAAGGGCGGGCACAUUCCCGACGUGCGGGUGUGGGACGAGCGGGGCAACUGGUUGGGUGCCGUAUGGGGCGACGAUAAGGACGUAGCAGCGGGCGACUUUGUCGACAUCACGGUGGAUCUGGACAAGCCACACCAGCCUACGUACUCGCUCUUUACGGCCAACGAGAACGACGUCUGCAUAGCCUACGUCACGCAGACGCUGGCCACGGGCGAGAAGUACAGUUGGACGGGGCAGUGGGCGCGAACUUGUUCGAAGCCAUGGUACUUUUCAGAAGUUGUCUACGACGGCCGCGACAAUCUGGCCUGUGCAUGGCUUUCGAUGCACAACAUUGACAACAAGAGUACCUCGGCGUUGCAGCUCCACAUCCACGAGUUCAAAUACACGGAUGAUAACAACAAGUCCCUUGAGUACUUCUGUGCGGGAAGUCCCACGAUGAAAUUCUACACACACUUUGAUCCAACAGAAAUCGACCGGUGGGAAACCCGCAGACCCGAAGACCAAAACUUGACCCGCGCCAUCGUCCACGUCCCUGGGAAGACAGACUCGCAACAUCGAAGCAUCCGCCGCAGCCGGGAGAACAACAGCCUGCAGCCCAGGCAGCUCCCGCCCGUCUCCCGGGCCUCUGGACCGUCCAAGCCGCGCGGCGGCCACAGAGAGCGGCCGCGGUCCGCCCACGGCAGCUGGCUGAUCAAGUCGCGGCGUGGGCAGAGUGCGUCAGUGCUGUGCGCGGAUCCGGCGUCGUGGGGCCCCGACUUCGUCUCGUACUCGGAGGGCUUGUACUGCAACAUGGAGACGAGGGAGGUGCUGCCCCUGUGCGACGCGGCGGCUGGGCUGGUGACGGGCUGCUUUGACGAUGGGGUCAACAUUGUCAGGAGGAGUAAGGUCGAGAGGGGCGAUGUCCUGGACGAGUUGGGGUAUGACAAGGUCGACGAGUGGCUCUGA